CCUUCUCAUGACCAACGGAUCGAUCAAGUUUCCUCAACUAAAUUCUUACAAUGUCACCAUUCAGCAAAUGUCUCGUCAAGGAUCCUGAAGAAUUGGUCUCCGAGUCACUCAAAGGACUGGUUUAUCUAAACCCCGAUUUGGCACUGGACACGAAGAACAAGGUUGUUAGUGUCAAGCAGAUUUCAAAAACAAAUGUUCACGUACUCUGUGGAGGUGGUUCUGGACAUGAACCCAGUCAUGCUUCCUACGUAGGAGGAGGGAUGCUAUCCGCCGCCGUAUGUGGUAAUAUCUUUGCUUCACCCAAUAGCCGACAGGUUACCGCAGCUCUUGAGAAGCUAGAGGAUGGGAAAGGCACAUUGAUGGUAGUGAAGAACUACACCGGAGAUGUUUUAAAUUUUGGCAUCGCCAAAGAACGCUGGCUUGCUCAGCGCGAUCGAAAGAAUGUCAAGAUGGUGAUCGUUGGUGAUGACGUCUCUGUCGGUAGGGAACAAGGCAAGCUCACAGGCCGUAGAGGACUGGCAGGUACCGUGUUGGUUUAUAAGAUUGCUGGGGCACUCGCCUCCCAGGGGGCAUCUCUCUCUCAGGUACACGCCAUGGCUCAAUAUAUUGCCGAUAGAUGUGCUACCAUGGGUGUAGGACUCGAUCAUUGCCACAUACCUGGGUCAGAAAAAAAUACUGGACUCAAUGAGCUCGGAGUCGACGAAGUAGAACUUGGGAUGGGUAUACACAACGAGCCAGGGUACCGACGUCAGAAAUUAAGUAACUUGAGCGACUUGACUUCGCAGAUCCUCGAAAUCAUCACCUCGAGUAAAGAUUCCGAUCGGUCAUUUGUUCCUUUCAAAGAUCAAUCUGAUACAAAAGGUCAGGCAGACCAGGUCAUAUUGCUCGUGAAUAAUUUGGGAUCUUUGUCGCAAUUAGAGAUGGCUGCAGUCACCAAAUGCGCAGCUUCGUGGCUUAUGAACAAAGGCAUAACCGUUGUCCGUGUGGUUGCCGGUACCUUGAUGACCUCCCUGAACAUGCCAGGCUUCUCGAUCUCUGUAGUUCUUCUUCCUACAAAAAAUGAGAAUGUCACUAUCGAUUGCCAGGAUGAAGAGGCUUUCAAAUUCAACGGCGAUGACAUAGUCAACCUUCUGGAUGCACCAACAACUUGCUUGGGCUGGCCUACCUGCUUCAAAGGUGAUCCCAACACUGAGGUUUUGUUGGAUAAAAAAAUCCCGGCUACGCGAGAGGCGAGUGAAAAUGCUAACACAGAAACUGAAAAAGAUGAAAAGAUAGCUACAAGUUCAGAUCCUAAGCUAUUUGUCAAUGCAAUCAAAGCAGCCUGUGAAGCAUUGAUUGCGGCCACUCCGGAGAUCACCAAGUAUGAUACUAUAGCUGGUGAUGGAGAUUGUGGAUAUACCUUAAAAGCAGGUGCGACCGGAGUCUUGGCACUCAUUCAGGACGGUAGGAUCAAUGGAUCGGAUGUGCCGAAAGAUUUGCUUCAGAUCUCAGAAGUGGUCAAUGAGAAAAUGGGCGGGACCUCAGGCGGUCUCUACAGUAUCUUUUUCAACGCAUUGGCAGUUGGUAUCAAAGCUAAUGUACAGGAAGAAGGUCAGAAAUGCAUGGUAGACGCUAAUACAUGGGCAAAAGGACUGGAUCAAGCUUUAACGACCCUCUACAAAUACACACGAGCUCGAUCUCCAUCACGUACACUGAUCGACCCACUCUCAGCUUUCAUCUUGACCUUGACUCUCACUCCAACAGAUUUUUCGAGUGCAGUCGAAGCGGCCAAAGGAUCAGCAGAGGCAACAAUGUAUCUUGAUGCCAAAGCUGGUCGAGCAGCAUAUGUUGAUCGGAGUAAGGUGAAGGAUUCAGAGGUGCCUGAUGCGGGUGCUUGGGGUGUAUGGAAGAUUUUGGAAGCUAUUGAAAAGACUGUAUAACUUGAGCAUGACUGAGAGUAGUUUUGUAAGAUUUUGAUAUACGCAUCUACCUGAGAUGGCGAUCAGACAUGUAGCAUGAUUUUACGUUUUACUUUGAACGCGUGAACCACCCUGCUGAUUCGAUAGACUCGUCAUGAUGUCGAACAUGUGCUAUGUUAAAGCUGUGCAAAUUGUACUUGUUGUUGGUAUAUGAAGAAC